AUGGCAGCUCAGGUGGGACCUCUCCCACAGCUCAAGCUGCCCUCGGGCCCUACACCCAUUACUGCGGAGCAACGAUACUGGAAAACCUUCAAGAACCAGAUCCUGAUUCCAUCGCCCACGUCGUAUCCUGUCGUUCACAUCUCGUCCAACAACGAUUCCUUUGCCAUCACGACGGGUACACGCGUACAGAUCUACUCGAACCGAACGCGCAAGCUUAUCAAGACCAUCACACGCUUCGGAGACAUUGCGCGCAGUGGUGAAAUCAGAAAAGAUGGACGAGUGUUGGCGGCUGGUGACGACACUGGGAAGAUCCAGGUGUUUGACGUCAACUCUAGGGCAAUCCUCAAGACAUGGACCCAUCACAAGCAGCCAGUCUGGACAACCAAGUUCUCGCCGACUGAGUUGACAACUCUUCUGAGUGCGAGCGACGACAAGACCGUGCGACUAUGGGAUCUUCCUAGCAACGACCCUACCACCACCUUCGUUGGUCAUUCCGACUAUGUUCGAUGCGCCAACUUCAUGCCUGGUACCAUGUCAAACAUGGUUGUCUCUGGAAGUUACGAUUCGACCGUCAAGCUUUGGGAUCCUAGGACAGGAAGCAACAGCGCUGUCAUGACUUUCAAGCAUGCCGCACCUAUCGAGGAUGUUCUGUCGAUGCCUAGCGGAACUACCAUCCUUGCGGCCGCAGGCGAAUCAAUCAGCGUUCUUGACCUGGUCGCUGCGCGCCCUCUACACAUGAUCACCAACCAUCAGAAGACUGUCACAUCUCUCAGCCUGGCAUCCAAUGGCGGACGACUGGUUAGCGGUGGUCUUGAGGGUCACGUUAAGGUCUUCGAGACAACCGGAUGGAACGUCGUUUCAAGCACAAAAUAUCAAUCGCCCGUCCUUUCAGUCAAGGUCAUUCCCUCAAGUGAUGACGCCGAUUCGAGCGACAGACAUCUUGCAGUUGGUAUGCAAUCUGGUGUUCUCAGUGUGCGAACCCGCCUCACAGGGGCUGAGGCCAACCGAGAAUCUGAGCGUGAGAAGGAAAUGGCUGCUCUUGUCGCUGGAACCAUCGAGGCUCACGAUGCCAAGCAAAAGAAGCGUAAGCGCAGGGUCAAUGCUGCUAAGAAGUUGGAUAUGGUUGGUGAGGGUGCUGAUGUUGUUAUCGCGAACGAGCCUCGUACCCACAAGAAGAAAGAGCGCUCUUGGCAAAGUGAUCUACGACACGCUCGAUAUGCGCGUGCCCUUGAUCAGGUUCUUGACAAACACUCACUCGAGCACUCUCCACUUAAUGUUCUCACUCUUCUUCUCGCCCUCCGUCAUCGAAGCGCCCUCCGAGAUGCUCUGGAGUCCAGAGAUGAGCACACAGUCCAGCCUAUCCUGAAAUGGGUCUGCGCCCACAUUUGCGACCCCCGAUACGUGAGCGUCUGUGUCGAGGUUGGCCUCCACCUUCUCGAGCUCUAUGCCGAGUUCGUGGGUGGCUCAGCAGAGCUGCACGAGGGCUUCAGAACUCUCCACCGCCGAGUUAGGGUCGAGGUCGAGAGGGCCCAAGUGGCAUGCCAAACGGGAGGUAUGCUGGAGAGCCUGAUGGUCGGGACGCUCUAA